UGGUGGAGGGAGGGGGCGUGUCGGGGAAAAAAUCCCUCAAUUUCCGCCCAUCUCGGGGCGGGGCCAACUCCGUGGUUCCUCUGCGUUUCCGGGCUGCGAGGCAGCUGUCGAGGCUUCAGGAUGCUGGACACAGAGAGACUCGUGCUCCCUCCCCCCGAUCCCUUGAACCUGCCUCUUGGAGCUCUGGAAGUGGGCUGCACUGGGCACUGGGAGCUGCUGAACGUGCCUGGGGCUCCACAGAGCACUCUACCCCACGGCCUCCCUCCCUGUGCCCCUGACCUACAGCAGGAAGCGGAGCAGCUGUUCCUCUCGUCUCCCGCCUGGCUUCCUCUGCAUGGUGUGGAACACUCAGCUCGAAAAUGGCAGAGGAAGAGGGAUCCCUGGUCUCUUCUGGCUGCUCUGGGGGCUCCUGUCCCAUCCGACCUUCAGGCCCAGAGACACCCAACCACAGGCCAGAUACUGGGCUACAAGGAGGUCCUGCUGGAGAACACAAACCUGUCGGCCACAACCUCCUUGUCCCUUCGCCGGCCUCCAGGGCCAGCCCCCCAGUCACUAUGGGGCAACCCAACACAGUACCCUUUCUGGCCUGGUGGGAUGGACGAGCCCACCAUGACAGAUCUGAGCACUCGGGAAGAAGCUGAGGAGGAGAUAGACUUUGAGAAAGAUCUUCUCACUGUCCCACCUGGCUUCAAGAAAGGCGUGGAUUUUGCCCCCAAGGAUCACCAAGCUCCUGUGCCAGGUUUGCUUAGCCUCAGCCGCCUGCUGGAGCCCCUAGAUCUGAGCGGAGGUGAUGAGGACGAGGGUGAGCCAGCAGGAGGCCCUGGAGGGGGCACUGCCUCCGCCUCUCCACGCAGCGCUCCCCUGGGCCGAGCAAGCAGCUUGGAGGACCUCGUGUUGAAGGAAGUAUCCACAAUCGCAUCCCCCCUGGAGCCUCCCAAACCUGCACCCCAGGAACAGUGGGCCGUACCAGUGAAUGUCACCUCCCCUGUAGGUGAUUUUUACCGUCUCAUUCCUCAGCCUGCCUUCCAGUGGGCGUUUGAGCCAGAUGUGUUUCAGAAGCAGGCCAUCCUGCACCUGGAGCAGCACAACUCUGUCUUUGUUGCGGCUCACACAUCCGCCGGGAAGACAGUGGUGGCUGAUUACGCCAUUGCCCUGGCCCAGAAACACAUGACCCGUACCAUUUACACGUCUCCAAUCAAAGCCCUGAGCAACCAGAAGUUUCGGGAUUUCCGGAACACAUUUGGGGACGUGGGGCUGCUCACAGGGGACGUGCAACUGCACCCAGAGGCCUCCUGCCUUAUCAUGACCACAGAGAUCCUUCGCUCCAUGCUGUACAGCGGCUCAGACGUCAUCCGGGACUUGGAGUGGGUCAUCUUUGAUGAAGUCCACUAUAUCAACGAUGCCGAGCGUGGGGUCGUGUGGGAGGAGGUGCUCAUCAUGCUCCCUGACCACGUCUCCAUCAUCCUUCUGAGCGCCACCGUCCCCAACGCCCUGGAGUUUGCUGACUGGAUUGGGAGGCUGAAGCGGCGGCAGAUCUUUGUGAUUAGCACGGUUGCCCGUCCUGUCCCCCUGGAACACUAUCUCUUCACAGGAAACAGCCCCAAAACGCAGGGGGAGCUCUUCCUGCUGUUGGACUCCCGAGGGGCCUUCCACACCAAGGGGUACUAUGCUGCAGUGGAGGCCAAGAAGGAGAGGAUGAGCAAGCAUGCCCAGACCUUUGGGGCCAAACAGCCCACGCACCAGGGGGGGCCUGCACAGGACCGCGGGGUGUACCUGUCCCUGCUGGCUUCCCUCCGGGCCCGGGCUCAGCUGCCUGUGGUCGUGUUCACCUUUUCCCGAGGCCGCUGUGAUGAGCAGGCUUCAGGCCUCACCUCUCUGGAUCUCACUACAAGCUUGGAGAAGAGCGAGAUCCACCUCUUCCUGCAGCGCUGCCUUGCACGGCUCCGAGGCUCUGACCGACAGCUACCCCAGGUGCGUCCCUCUAGAUACGGUUGGGGGUGUGGUGGUCCGAGACCUGCCCCUGCCGAGGGGGCCUCCUACACCUUCUCUGACCUGCUCCCCUCCCUGCUGCAGGUCCUGCACAUGUCAGAGCUCCUUCGCCGGGGCCUGGGUGUGCACCACAGUGGCAUCCUGCCCAUCCUUAAGGAGAUUGUGGAGAUGCUGUUCAGCCGAGGGCUGGUCAAGGUCCUGUUUGCCACCGAGACCUUUGCCAUGGGAGUAAACAUGCCAGCAAGGACCGUGGUGUUUGACUCCAUGCGCAAACACGAUGGCUCCACCUUCCGGGACCUGCUGCCUGGGGAGUACGUACAGAUGGCAGGCCGGGCGGGCCGGAGGGGCCUGGACCCCACGGGCACAGUCAUCCUGCUCUGUAAGGGCCGAGUGCCUGAGAUGGCAGAUCUACACCGCAUGAUGAUGGGGAAGCCGUCCCAGCUUCAGUCCCAGUUCCGCCUCACGUACACUAUGAUCCUCAACCUGCUGCGGGUGGACGCCCUCAGGGUGGAGGACAUGAUGAAGAGGAGCUUCUCAGAGUUUCCAUCCCGCAAAGACAGCAAGGCCCAUGAGGAGGCUCUGGCUGAACUCACCAAGAGGCUGGGGGCCUUGGAGGAACCUGACGUGACUGGCCAACUGGCUGACCUGCCUGAGUAUUACAGCUGGGGGGAGGAGCUGACAGAGACCCGCAACAUGAUCCAGCGAUGCAUCAUGGAGUCUGUGAACGGGCUGAAAUCUCUCUCCACGGGAAGGGUGGUAGUCGUGAAGAACAAGGAGCAUCACAAUGCGUUAGGCGUGAUCCUGCAGGUCUCCUCAAACACCAGCAGAGUGUUCACAACGUUGGUCUUGUGUGAUAAGCCUGCUGUGUCUGAGAGCCCACGGGACAAGGGGCCAACCACUCCAGAUGUGCCCUACCCAGACGACCUUGUGGGCUUCAAGCUGUUCCUGCCUGAAGGGCCCUGUGAGCACACCGUGGCCAAGCUCCAGCCAGGAGAUGUGGCUGCCAUCUCCACCAAAGUGCUCCGGGUGAACGGGGAGAAGAUCUCUGAGGACUUCAGCAAGAGGCAGCAACCAAAAUUCAGGAAGGACCCUCCCCUUGCAGCUGUGACCACUGCAGUUCAGGAGCUGCUGCGUCUGGCUCAGGCCCAUCCAUCAGGGCCCCCGACCCUUGACCCUGUCAACGACCUGCAGCUCAAGGAUGUGUCAGUGGUGGAAGGUGGGCUCCGAGCCCGGAAGCUGGAGGAGCUGGUCCGGGGGGCUCAGUGUGUGCACAGCCCCCGGUUCCCUGCCCAGUACCUGAAGCUGCGGGAGCGAAGGCAGAUUCAGAAGGAAAUGGAGAGGCUGAGCUUCCUACUGUCUGAUCAGUCGCUGCUGCUGCUCCCCGAGUACCACCAGCGCGUAGAGGUGCUCCGGACCCUGGGCUAUGUGGAUGAGGCGGGCACAGUGAAGCUGGCAGGCCGAGUGGCCUGCGCCAUGAGCAGCCACGAGCUGCUCCUCACAGAGCUCAUGUUUGACAAUGCGCUGAGCGCCCUGCGACCAGAGGAGAUUGCAGCUCUGCUCUCUGGCCUGGUCUGCCAGAGCCCCGGUGACCCUGGGGAUCAGCUCCCAAGCACCCUCAAACAGGGGGUGGAGCGUGUCAAAGCUGUGGCUAAGCGGAUUGGUGAGGUUCAGGUGGCCUGUGGCCUGAACCAGACAGUGGAAGAAUUUGUGGGAGAGCUGAAUUUUGGGCUGGUUGAAGUUGUGUAUGAGUGGGCUCGGGGUAUGCCCUUCUCCGAGUUGGCCGGGCUCUCAGGGACCCCAGAAGGCUUAGUGGUCCGCUGCAUCCAGCGCCUGGCUGAGAUGUGUCGCUCGCUUCGAGGAGCAGCCCGUUUGGUAGGGGAGCCCGUGCUGGGCGCCAAGAUGGAGACGGCAGCCACCUUGCUGCGGCGGGACAUUGUCUUCGCAGCCAGCCUCUACACCCAGUAA